AUGUCAGUACUGCUCACCCUUACUGUUUGCCUCUUCCAUCCCAACCCCAUUUUCUUCCGCGACUCCCUUGGUCCGGGGCUCGUCCAAAAGCCGAUGAACCCCACGAUGCCCGUUGUCACCGGUGUCCGCUCUUUGUGCGGCUAUAUCGAAGCCCUUACAGAGUUUGGAGGAUCUCAUCCAUUGCUUGAAAGAAUCCUCUUUCCCCUAGUGCCACUCCGUGCUCAAAAAACCAUCGGCCUUGUUGGCGGCUCACCCGACUACAUUGUCGCCCCCAAUUUUGAGGUCCCCGAAGUGCCCGUGCGCACCUAUCAAUAUAGCGCUGACGGACGGCUCUACGCCUAUGCAUUGGCUAGCGGGGUGCGGAUUUUCCAAGCAGAGGGUGCCCAGCUUCUCCAAGAGCUGCCCAUUCCCAACAUUGUCGAUAUCAAGUUUUCGCCGCGCGGAACUUACCUCUCGACAUGGGAACGCCCUGUUAAGCUCGAAGACGGCGAGCAACACAAAAAUCUCAGGGUCUUUUCUUCCUCCACAGGCGAAGAACUCAUCUCGUUCACUCAAAAGAGCCAGGAGGCAUGGGAUCUUCAGUACACGAUAUCGGAAUCGCAUGCUAUUCGGCUCGUUGGGGCAGAAGUUCAGGUUUUUCGACCAGCCGAAUGGGCAAAGGGGGUGGUCGACAAACUUAAAGUGGAAAAUGCGACCAGUGUCUCCUUGAGCCCUGGCCUCAACCCCUCCAUUGCGGUUUUCGUGGCGGAAAAAAAGGGCCAGCCCGCUAGCAUCAAAAUCUACGGCCUGCUCUCACUCAACAGCCCGCCCACCUGCCAGAAGACAUUCUUCAAAGCCCAACGUUCGACGAUUAAAUGGAACGAUUUAGGAACCCAGGUGCUGCUGUUGACCCAGACGGAUGUGGACAACUCGAACAAGAGUUACUAUGGAGAGACGGGCGGCUUGUACCUUCUCAGCGCCGCUGGGAAUUUCGAUUGCAAGGUUACUCUCGACAAGGAUGGUCCUAUUCACGACUUUGCAUGGAGUCCGACCUCUAAGGAGUUUGGUGUUGUGUAUGGAUUCGUUCCCGCCAAAACGAUGAUCUUCGACCAGCGGGUCCGGACUAUCCAUGACUUCGGUUCUGCCCCUACCAACUUCAUAUCGUUCAACCCACAAGGCCGACUUGUCAUGAUCGCAGGGUUUGUCUGGGCAAAGUAUGCACCAUUGAUGGGUCAAACACCUCCUACUGUGACUGGUCUCCCGAUGGUCGUUUCAUCAUGGCUGCAACGCUUUCGCCCCGAUUGCGAGUCGACAACUGUGUCAAAAUAUACCACUGCAGUGGGCCUCUCAUGCAUGUCCAGCUUGUCGACGAACUAUACCAGGCCUCGUGGCGACCGACUCCAGUCGAUAAAGUCGCGCCAUUUGGACCUACCUUGCCGGCUGCUCCACCUGCCAACCCGAGUGUUUUUGGCGAAUGCGGCAGUCGCCAAACCAACACCCACUCGACCUGCUGGUGCCUACAGGCCUCCUGGUGCUCGCGGCCUCGCAACUCCCGCCAUUUUCAAGCGUGAGGAUGAGGGUGGGGUGCCUCACGUGAUGGGCACUCAUAGUGGGAGUGCGACUCCCCCCAGGUAUAACCGCUCUCCAGUCCCCGGCUCUGCGCCUCAAGCGAAUGGAGGCGGGCCGCCGUAUUCGAAUGGUGGAGAGAGAAGGAGACAUGUACCUGGUGCUCCUGGUUCUGCUCCACAUUCACCCAGUCCCGGGCCUGAUGGAGAGAAGAAGAACAGGAGGAAGAAGGGUAAGAAAGAUGGAGAGGACGGGUCGGGUGAGGGAUAUGUCAACGGCAAUGGCAAUACCCGGCCUCGACGCAAAGACCGGGAGCGGAAUGGUGGUGGUGAGGAACCUCGGUCCGGGAGACCGUCAAUCGAGGUCACGCCUGCUGGAGAAGGAGGGAAGCCCAACGGCAGCAGGUCGAACAGCAACGGGAAUGUCAAAGGUUCACUUUACAUCCCGCCGCCUGAUUUGGCAGAUGGAGGGGAGCUGUCACCGAGUGUUGCGACACCUGGGGCAGAUGGCGCGCUGGACCCAAUCGCGAAGAAAGUUCGCAAUCUCAAUAAGAAGCUCAAAGCCAUCGAUGAGCUCAAGGAAAAGGCCAAGCGCGGCGAGCGUUUGGAGGCGACACAGCUCAAAAAGAUGGAGGGAGAGGCAGAGAUACGCAAGGAGCUGGCUGGGCUGGGAGCGUAG